GCCCUCAGAACAGCUCCGGCCGCCGCGCCGCCUGGCUGUGGUAUUCCUUGUUCUCGGCGGGCUGUGGGGGCUCCGCGCCGCGGCCGUUAGUCAUGUCGGAUUCUGGAAGUUACGGUCAGUCUGGGGGUGAGCAGCAAAGUUAUUCUUCCUAUGGAAAUCAAGGGAACCAGGGCUAUGGACAAGCACCACAAAGCUAUUCUGGUUAUGGGCAAACGACUGAUUCCUCAUAUGGACAAAACUAUGGCAGUUACUCCGGUUAUGGACAGAGCCAAUCAGGUUAUUCACAGUCCUAUGGUGGUUAUGAGAAUCAAAAGCAGAGCUCAUAUGGCCAACAGUCAUAUAAUAAUCAGGGACAACAAAACACGGAAUCAUCUGGAGGCCAAGGUGGAAGAGCACCUUCAUAUGACCAGUCAGACUAUGGUCAACAAGAUUCCUAUGAUCAGCAGUCAGGCUAUGAUCAGCAUCAGGGCUCAUAUGAUGAGCAAUCAAAUUAUGAUCAACAGCAUGAUUCCUAUAAUCAAAACCAGCAAUCCUAUCAUUCACAAAGGGAAAAUUACAGCCACCACACACAAGAUGACCGUCGUGAUGUGAGUAGGUAUGGAGAAGAUAAUAGAGGAUAUGGCGGGUCACAGGGAGGAGGUAGAGGGCGUGGGGGAUAUGACAAGGAUGGAAGAGGUCCUAUGACAGGAUCAAGUGGUGGUGACCGCGGUGGCUUCAAAAAUUUUGGUGGUCACAGGGAUUAUGGACCCAGACCAGAUGCUGAUUCAGAAUCUGACAAUUCAGAUAACAACACAAUCUUUGUGCAAGGACUUGGGGAGGGUGUGUCUACAGAUCAAGUGGGGGAGUUCUUUAAACAAAUAGGGAUUAUCAAGACAAACAAGAAGACCGGGAAACCAAUGAUAAAUCUUUACACAGACAAGGAUACUGGGAAGCCAAAAGGCGAGGCAACAGUGUCAUUUGAUGACCCUCCUUCCGCUAAGGCAGCUAUUGACUGGUUUGAUGGAAAAGAAUUCCAUGGCAACAUCAUUAAAGUGUCCUUUGCCACCAGAAGACCUGAGUUCAUGAGAGGUGGUGGAAGUGGAGGUGGGCGGCGAGGCCGUGGAGGAUACAGAGGCCGAGGAGGCUUUCAGGGGAGAGGUGGAGAUCCCAAAAGUGGAGACUGGGUUUGUCCCAAUCCGUCAUGUGGAAAUAUGAAUUUUGCACGAAGGAAUUCUUGUAAUCAGUGCAAUGAGCCUAGACCAGAGGACUCUCGUCCCUCAGGAGGGGAUUUCCGGGGGAGAGGCUACGGUGGAGAAAGGGGCUACAGAGGUCGUGGGGGCAGAGGUGGAGACCGAGGCGGCUAUGGUGGAGACAGAAGUGGGGGUGGCUAUGGUGGAGACAGAAGUGGUGGCUAUGGCGGAGAUAGAAGUGGGGGUGGCUAUGGCGGGGACAGAAGUGGGGGUGGCUAUGGUGGGGACAGAGGAGGUAGCUAUGGUGGGGAUCGAGGAAGCGGUUAUGGUGGCGACCGAGGCGGUGGCUAUGGUGGAGACAGAGGGGGCUAUGGUGGAGACCGAGGUGGCUAUGGCGGAGACCGAGGAGGCAGCUAUGGUGGAGAUCGAGGAAGUUAUGGUGGAGACCGAGGAGGUUAUGGUGGAGAUCGAGGAGGCUACGGAGGAGAUCGAGGGAGCUAUGGAGGAGACCGAGGAGGGUAUGGAGGAGACCGAAGUAGGGGAGGCUACGGAGGAGACCGUGGUGGCGGCGGUGGCGGCGGUGGCUAUGGUGGAGACAGAAGUGGAGGCUACGGCGGAGACAGGAGUGGUGGCGGCUAUGGAGGAGACCGAGGUGGGGGCUAUGGAGGAGAUCGAGGUGGCUAUGGAGGCAAAAUGGGAGGAAGAAACGACUACAGAAAUGAUCAGCGCAACCGACCAUACUGAUGACUGUUUUGAAUGUUCCUUGGUCUCUGACAUGAUCCAUAGUGAAAUUGCCAGAGUUAUGCCUGCUGCUUUCCUCGUGGCCUCCUCUUGGGUAGUGAAAUUAAGUGACGUUUGGAUUUUUAUUUGGGUGGGAGGGCAGGGACAAUUUUUCUUUUAGAAGUGUCCGUUGAAAUUUCCCCUUUUAGUUUCCAUCCUUCUCCUUCCUAGCCCUUGAAGCUAAGUGCGUUGUAAAAUAUUGCCAAAAUGAGAAGUGUUUUGUAAUACUGCAAUAAAAGCUGCUUGUUUUUGUGGACUUUG